CCAGCGGCGCCACCAGGUUGACUUGCCGUCGCCGGCACCGCCACCACUCUCACCAUCCAUCAACGCUCAAUUUCAACAUUUCAAUGCUCAAUCCAAUAAAAUCCCAUUACGAACUUCUCCCACCAACCCCACCUCACCAAAAUACCUAAAAUAAUACCCAAUAAAAAGUACUCCACAUCAUAUCGUCUCCUUUCGAUUGAUCAAGCUUGCCCGCUUCCCAAUUCUUGACCAGUCCCCAAUUUUCCAAUUCAAAGCCCAAUUCCUAAUCUGUUACUUCCCCACCCACCAAUAUUCGUCACAGUUCACACGAUAAUGGCGGAUGGAUGACCGCUGGUUGACUUCUAUUCCGCUCGGUUAAUUCACCGUCUCUGAUCAUUAAUUUGCCCCCCAAAAUUAGGGUUUUGGAGACCUAUAUUCUGUUGUCGAAUAAUUAAGCUAUGGAAGGUAGUAGCAGCAGUAGUAGUAGUAGUAGUAGGAAGGAGACGGCGUUGAGGCUGAGGGCUGCGGCGGAGGAGGCGGUGCGGAGCAUCGGAAUGGGUUACGAUCUGACGCUAGACUUGCGAUUGAAGUACUGCAAGCGUCAGGAAUCCACAAAAGAGGGGUCUAGGCUGAUCGCCAUGGAAGAUGAUCAGGUCAGAGAUAUCGCCAUUCCUGGGGGCAUUUUGGUCCAGAAUGUAUCGAAAUCCAUUAACUGUGAUAAGGGGGAGAGGAUGAGAUUCAGCUCUGACAUUUUGUCUUUCCAACAGAUGUCAGAACAGUUCAACCAGGAAGUAUCACUUUCGAGUAAAAUCCCAACAGGCCACUUCAAUGCCGCAUUUGAAUUUUCAGGUCGUUGGCAGAAAGAUGCUGCUUUUACGAAAUCCCUUGCUUUUGACGGGGUGUUCAUCACACUCUAUAGCAUCGCUUUAGAGAAGUCUCAAGUGACUUUACGCGAUCAUGUCAAAAAAGCAGUUCCAUCCGCGUGGGAUCCAGCUGCAUUGGCGAGGUUUAUAGAGAAUUACGGUACCCAUGUUGUUGUCGGUGUCAAGAUGGGAGGAAAGGAUGUGAUAUAUGUAAAGCAGCAGCAUUCGUCGAUGAUCCAGACGGUUGAAGUGCAGAAAAGAUUGAAGGAUGUUGCGGACAAGUGGUUUUCCGAUGCAAGUGGACAAUCUGGAUUGCAUGAUGGGAAAUCCCAAAGGGGGGAAUUGCAUGUGAGCCAUGAACAGGGACUUGCUUACUUGAAUCCAAGUUUCGACUCUAACCGAGAGGACAUUACUUUCUUUCGGAGGAGAAGAGGUGGAAGCAACAAUAUGAAUCUGCAUCAUGGUAAAUGGUGUCAGUCGGUUCACCUUGAACCUGAAGUGAUCUCAAUGUCUUUUAUUCCAAUAUCAUCGCUGUUGAGUGGAAUCGAUGGGAGUGGAUUCUUGGGUCAUGCCAUUAAUCUAUACUUGCGAUACAAGCCGCCAAUAGAAGAACUCCAUCAAUUCUUGGAAUUUCAACUCCCUCGACAAUGGGCUCCUGUUUUUGGUGACGUUCCCCUCGGCCCUGAUAGGAAGCCACACGGCAGCGCAGCUUUGCAGUUCAGUCUGAUGGGACCUAAACUUCACGUCAAUACGAAUGAGGUGGAUUCGGGCGACAGACCUGUGACGGGAUUGCGAUUAUAUUUAGAAGGAAAGAAGAGCAACUGCUUAGCAAUCCAUUUGCAGCAUCUAUCCUCCAUGCCGAAAUGCUUCCAACUCGGCAACGGAUCGACCGGAAACGAAACCAAUUCUUAUGACAGGAGGUACUACGAGAAGGUCCAGUGGAAGAGCUUCUCGCAUGUCUGCACCGCGCCAGUCGAGUCCGACGACGAACUCUCGAUAGUCACCGGAGCGCAGUUCGAAGUCAAGGAAUCGGGUAUGAAAAAUGUCUUGUUCUUGCGCUUGAAUUUCUCCAGAGUUAGCGGCGCCGCAGUCGUGAAAAUACCCGAAUGGGAUGGAUCGUCUGCGUUGGCUCAAAAAUCGGGAAUCAUUUCGAGCAUCAUCAGCACCACGUUUUCGACUGCGCACAAGCCUCCUCCGAAGCCAUCCGACGUUAACAUCAACUCUGCAUUGUAUCCGGAAGGUCCACCGAUGCCUACACAGACGCGGAAGCUUCUCCGAUUUGUCGAUACCACGGAAAUGACGAGGGGGCCUCAGGACUCGCCGGGUUACUGGGUGGCGUCGGGUGCUCGGCUCGUCGUCGACAAGGGAAAAAUAUCGCUUCGGGUUAAGUACUCUUUGUUGGCUGCCAACGAAGAAGAGGUACAUUUGAUUUGAGAAUAUCGGGAAAAUUGCAAAAAAAUAUCUUCUAUGUAUUCUCUAUUAUUACUUUUGUCAUGUAUUUAUCUUGUUGUCAAAAUAUAUUUUACAUGUUUGCAAAAUUCGCUAUUUGGUUGCACGUAGCCGCGCAUGGUGUGAGCGUCACGCACGGCCAGCCAAAUUACAAAAAUAGUAACUUUUACAAACAUGUAGGAUAUAUUUUGUCAGAGAGAUAAAUACAAGACAAAAGUGACAAAAGUGAUAAUGGAGUAUACAUGAAGAUAUCUUUUGCAGUUUUCUCGAGAAUAUCAGAAUCUUAUGUGAAUUGAUUUGUGUGUUUUGUGAAUAUGUUAAUAGAUUUUGUCGAAUGUUUGUUGUCAUUUUGUAGUACUUGGGCUUCUUUCAACAUUGUCUUUCUAUUUCUUGUUUCA